UUGGAGGAGGCGCUGUUCAGAACCCUGUAGGGAUCCCUACCCGUCGCGCUGAAGUAACGAUGGAGCAGCUUUAUGGCUUUUUCGAGGGGAGCUUUUUGAGCGAGCAUUCUAGUGACAUAAGUUGUCUGCUGUCGCAGAGUCAGAAGCAGUUGCUGCAUAUGGCGCGGAUGCUCGCACAAGAGCAGAUUCCGGAUGUGGUGCUUCUGGACGAAAUUUCAGCUGCCUUACCUGAUACAGAAGCUGAUCGUAUGCUGACGACGCUACUAGAGAAGAUCGGACCGAAGCGCACAGUAAUCUGUAUCACGCAUCAGACCCAUCUUCCCUGUUUUCACACCUUGUUCGAUCGCAGGAUCGAGCUCAAGCUAGGCAGAGUGGUCAGCGACGAGACGAUCGAAAAGAUAGAGUAGCUGCCCAGCAAGAUAUUUAUCUAUGAGUUGCAAAUGGGAGAUCUGUACCUCCGUAGAACAGGUCUUUUCCUAGAACCACACAUAAGUUAACUUACCUGUGGUGUUAGAAAACAUGAUGUGUGAAGAAGAUAAUGCUGGCUUCUAGAAGUGAACAAGGCAGAUCUAAGCAACAUAAACCGUGAUUAAGUUUUCGUGGUUACGAUCGUCGCUCUUGCGUUCGCGGUUCUUGAAUAGUGUUUCUGUACAGGUGAUACUUCUCGACUAUCCGGACAUCAUACCUUCAUCCACCAUCCUUUUUUGACCCUACGAUGCUACUCUUUCAUCAGAAAGUCAAAGUUAUAAUUAUAUCUACCUACCUCCCAAGACGAAGCCCAACCGCCCCAUCUGCAUUUAAGUAAGCAUCUUCUGAUUAUUCAUUCACGUUCACCUUCAUCUUCACCAACCUCACCUAAAAGACAAAAUGAUUUGCAAGAAGCGCAUGGUUUUACUGGUGUCUGUGACUCAUCACAGAAAAAACCUUCAAAACAAGGGAGGAAUCGAAAUCUUUCUUUCGAGAAGGACUUAUGGAUGUGAGCCUCUCGUGAUUAUUGCAUGUUUGCAAGUUCAUGUAAUGGUGCCAUCAAUUUGAAUCAUUGUUCUCUAAUCAAUCAAUCAAUCAAUCAAUCAAUCCGCUUCACGUUAUGACUUUCUCAGGAUCGACAUCGACCCAAAGAAUAAGAAACCUCUUUCCUCUCCUCUUGG